UGCAUCAUUCCCUGCAAAUUCCUACCUAUAGACAAUACUUUUAUCUUUUGGACUCUAAUGCCAGGAAAAGUUCAUGUCCACGGCUUCUUUGAGAAUCAGGACCAACUGGCAGAGCAGGACCAGCGGUUUAAGGGCAGAACGUCUUUGUUCCAGGAUCGGAUCUCAGAGGGAAACGCCUCCCUGCUGCUGACUGGAGUGAAGGUUCAAGAUGAAGGCAGAUAUCAAUGUGACACUUUCACCAUAGAAGAAGGAAAAGAGACAAGCUAUGUCAAUGUGAAAGUGACAGCUCCACUUCAGAAGAUCAACAUGACACAGACUGAAAAUCUGAUCAUCUGCAGCUCAGAUGAGAUCUAUCCUGAACCGCAUCUCAGCUGGUCCAUCAGUCCUCCAUCCAGCAGAACCUUCAGGAAAACAACCACAGUCCAUAAGACUGAAAAACAUCUUUACAACAUCAGCAGCUCUCUGACUCUAUCAGACAGUGAAGAAGAUCUGGACCACAUCUGCACCAUCAGCACUCCAUCAAAACAGAGGAGAGCUGCGUGGAGGAGAAGACAUUCAGUGACGAUCAUCUCUGGAGAAGCAACCAUCUCCUGCUCUUCUUCAGACACUCCCCUCUUGGGCUUCAGUCUGGUUUGGAGGUUCAAUCAGAGGGAGAUAAUAGUGACCAAGAACGAGGAUGAUGAGCACAGAGUGUCAGAGGAGUGGAAGCAGCAUGUGAAGGAUGUCUCAGAGUCAGGCAGACUCACACUGCAGCACUUAUCUGCAGAUCAUGAGGGAACAUACACAUGUGAAGUCAGCAAUGAUGGAGACACCAGCAUGGCUCAAAUCUCUCUGAGAUUACCUGAGGGAAAAGAUGCUUCUCCUGGCAUGGGCAGCACAGUGGCUGCAAUUGUGAUCUUUGCUACAAUCUGCCUGAUCAUCUUCUGCAUAUUAAAACAUUAAAGCACGGAGAGGACAAAAACCAUCAAACACAGAGUCAGUCCCAAUUUCUGCAGAAACCCUGGAGAAGAAUGACAAUUCCAAACUACAGAAAUUUGGACAUGAUUGGAAAGAAGAAACUUAGCAAAAUUCUUGCUAACUUCUGAAGCUUCUGCUUCAUCGGUUGCCAAAAAUUGAACCAACAUUUCCAUUAUGGAGGAAAAGCUUAAGUUUUGGAGCAAAAAUGCAACAAUCAGGAGAAGAGUUUUUCUCACACGGGUCAGUGUCUACAGGUGGAAGAACAUUCUUUGCUCCAGAAGCUCCUCCACCUGAACUAAAGAAAAUUUUCUACAAAAUAAAAUCACUGACAGCUUAUUGCUGUAUGUUUAUUAUGUAAAUAAAUCAUGUUAUAUGUGUUACAGUGAAUCAGAAUGAACCAAUAAAGAUGAUCUCAUCAA